AUGAUGACGACUGGCGGGAACGGAUCUCUUAAUCUCUGGAAAUAUGAAUACCCGACAAAGAGGCGCAAACUUGUCAAGGAAACCCAGGUUGUGGAUGGAACAGAACGGGAGGUCGAAGUGCCCCAGGGUGUGAUGGGCAGUCUGACUCAACUGCAGAAUAUCACACUUUCAAAUCAACCUAUUUCUGGCUUUGACUGGUGUGCUGAGAAAACCGGGCUAGCUGUUUGUGUGGCCUUUGAUCAGACAGUCCGAUUGCUUAUCACGACUAAACUUAAUCGCUUGUAA